AUGGCUCUCAGUCCGACACCUGCGUCAGCCGCAUUCAACUUCUCAAUCUCCGAGGCCGGAAAAGUGCAGUGGUCGCUCGACUGUGACUGGGUCGGCAACGACAUAGGCCGAGCGGCCGGCAAGGGCGAGACGUGCGGACAGCAGUGCCUGAGCCGCGCGGAUUGCACGCAUUGGACGUGGAGCGCCUUCAACGGCGGCACGUGCUGGCUCAAGGGGGCCAUCAACGCGACAGAGCUGGUCCCCGCCACUGGCACGUCGUGUGGCUAUCGCGUUACCGACAGCGCGACCGGCAACCCGUACACGGCAGUCCAGCAGUACCUCAACCCGGGGUACGCGGCGAGCGUGAAUGCCGCGGUGCGCGCCGCGCUUCCCUCGAAUGCGCCGUUUUUCGCGAGCGUGGCGCAGUAUGCGACGGCUGUGUGGCUCGACACGAUGGCUGCCCUAGAUUCCAUCCCCGGCCACCUGAGCGACGCGGCGACUCAGGCGGGCGGCAAGGCGAUUCUCGUGCAAUUCGUGAUCUACGACCUCCCGGGCCGCGACUGCAAGGCGUGGUCGUCCAACGGGGAGAUUCCCAAGGGCGGCCUCGACACGUGCAGGACCAAGUACAUCGAUGUUGCCGUGGCGCGCCUCAAAACCAAGGCGGCGAACGUGCGUCUGUCGCUCGUGAUCGAGCCCGACUCGCUGCCCAACAUCGCGACGAACAUGGGGACGAAUCGGUGCGACGCGACGACGGACAAGGAGUACACGGAGGGCGUCGCCUACGCCAUCGCGAAGCUGUCGCAGAUCCCCGACACCACGCUCUAUCUCGACUCCGGCUUCGGCGGCUGGCUCGGGUGGCCGGAGGGGAUGAAGCGCGUGGUGGCGGUGUACAGGAAGUUCCUCGCGCGCGCGCGGCAGAUCCGCGCGAACGCCAAGAUCCGCGGCUUCGCGUCCAACGUGGCCAACUACAGCCCGCUCUUCGCGACCGGCUGCCCCGCCUUGGAGAAGUGCCCGCUCGCCAAGAACCCGAGCACGGGCGAGAUGUGCUACGACUGGAACCCGUGCAUCGACGAGAACCGGUUCACGGCGCGCAUGAAUGCGUACCUGGGAGCCGCGGGACUGCCCACCAGGUGGAUCGUGGAUACGAGUAGGUCCGGCCGCGCUGGCAUCCGCAACCGCUGGGGGUCGUGGUGCAACGUGAAGGGCGCGGGAAUUGGACAGCGCCCCGAGGCGAAUCCCGCUAAUGCUCCGCAAGGGGCCCUCGGGUGGUCUCAUGCGGUUCCCUCCACUUUCCCGCACACCUUUUUCUUGCCUGCCCCGCAGUUGAUGCUCUGGUUUGGAUCAAGCCGCCUGGGGAGAGCGAUGGCCAUUCGUAAAGCAAAGAUUCUGGGCAUUUUCCUCGUGGAUCGCGAGUGCGACCCCAAUGACGCGCUGGGCCUGGACGCCCUAUCGAACGCGCCCCGCGCAGGGCAGUGGUUCCAGACGCAAUUCACCGCGCUGGUUCGCUACGCCAACCCGCCCAUGCCUGCUGGAAAGGUGGACCCCUGCAUGUUUGAUCCGAAAACAAACCCCGCGUGCGACCCGUUCUGGGAGGACGUGGCCGUCAAGUACUCGCCGCAGUACAAGUUCCACCCCGACGAGGAUAUCUGGCCAAUCACGAUCGACGAGUACCUCACACACGUGACUGCCUCCAAAGGUUAUUUUACUGAGGAUGGUAGAGAGUAUGAAAUUGAAUACCAGGCGGGCCCGAUCACUCCCGACAACCUCGAUGCACUCCUGAAGAAUCCAAAUAGCGAGCGUGGCAAAACUGUCCUGUACAGUCCGGAUCAGUUUGACAAGGAUACCGACUGGAUGAGCGACUCGGCGCGCAACCCGAAAAACGGAGGGACGAAGCUGUACACCAUCAUUUACGACCCGAAACCGGACGACAAAGACUCGUUUGUGGAGAUUCAGUAUUGGCUCUUCUACCCUUACGUGGGUAUUCCAAGUGGUACCCUGGCUUCAAGUACUUCCUUUGUCUCUUCCCCUCUCUCUCUCCCACACCCCUUUCGUAAAAUGUUCUCAAUCUGUUUCAACUAA